AAAAAGUCUUUUUUUUUUUCUCUCUACAAUGUAUAUUGUUUGUGAAGGGAGCAUUUAGUCGUCUGGAUCCAUCUGGAAAUUUCAAGAAGGAAGCUGUUUCUCAAAUUCCAGCUGGCAGGUUAGGAGAAAUUCAAGAGUUAGCAAAUUUAGCAGCUUACCUUGUAAGUGAUUACUCCAGCUGGAUUACUGGAGAGGUGAUAAGACUAGAUGGUGGCGAGCUUCCUUUUCUGGCGGGAGAAUUUAAUAAGCUUCUUAGUGUGACUCGUGAACAGUGGGACCAAAUGGAAAAGUUGAUUCGAACAGUUAAGGGAUCAUGAAAAAAUAUGAUGUAAAUCUUUAUAUGAUAUGAUAUU